AUGUGGCACACCCUCCCGCUAUCUCCCGCCGAGCUCAGCCUUGCCAAAGUCCUCCGCUGUGGCCAGACGUUCCGCUGGCACCACAUCAACGGCGUGUGGCUGUUUGCCCUCGCCGAUCGCGUGGUGCUCCUCAAACAGGAUGCCAAUACGCUCUACUAUUCGCAAGUGAUGAGGCAGGCUGAUCCUGAUGCCGAGGGCACCUUAGCGUUUAUCACUGACUACUUUAAUUUGGACGUGAAGUUGGAGCCUCUUUAUCGUCACUGGGAGGCUCAGCACGCCAAAUACCCAUCGAAAUCAGCGCUGCCGUUUACGCGGUUCCCUGGUAUCAGAAUCUUGCGCCAGGACCCGUGGGAGACGACGGUGCUGUUUAUCUGUCUGUCUAAUAACAAUGUCAAGCGGAUCCUGAAGAUGUGUGAUGCUCUCUGUGUCAAUUUUGGCCAUAAAGUGGCCGAGUAUGAUGGUCACUCUUUCUACAGUUUCCCUCGUCCCCAGGAGUUAGCGGCGUCAGAUGUUGAAGCACGUCUUCGUAAACUUGGGUUUGGCUACCGAGCGAAAUAUAUUCACCAGACGGCGAAGUUGAUGACGCUGACUCACAGCGUGGAGAGACUUGAAGCGUUACGAGGUGACCCUUAUGAAGACGCUCACGAAUAUUUACUUGAGCUCAGUGGAGUGGGUCCGAAAGUGGCUGACUGUAUUUGUCUUAUGGCUCUUGAUAAGCACCACGUGGUUCCAGUGGAUACCCAUGUCUACCAGAUCGCGUUACGUGAUUAUCGCUAUAAGGGUAAACGCGACGUCAAGACUCUUUCAAAGCCGAUGUACCAGGGGAUCCGCCAACACUUUGUUGAUAUAUUUGGCGACUACGCCGGCUGGGCUCAGUCAGUGUUGUUUGCCAGUGAUUUAAGUGACUUGAAUAAUGGCAUUAACGUGGUGGCUGCAGUCAAGCAAGAAAACAUCGAAAUCAAGAAAGAGGCUUCUCCAAUUGUCAAAUCAAUGGCCAAGGAGGCCUCAGAAAUACAAGCCUAA